AUGGAGGAAAGAAGAUCAGUGAUCAAGUCCAUGUUGAUCUUUCACUUCCUUGUUGCACUUUUUGGAUCAAUAACUUGUUCCUAUGCUGCAGACACCAUAUCCGCAAACCAAACAGUUAGAUAUAAUGAAACAAUCGUUUCACAGCAAGAAAUCUUUGAACUUGGUUUCUUUCGCCCCGGUAAGUCAAGGAACCUUUAUGUCGGAAUUUGGUACAAGAAAACACUGAACCAAACUGUUGUAUGGGUAGCCAACCGGAACACACCACUCACAGAUACCUCUAGUGACUUAACACUCACCGAUCAGGGGAUCUUAGUUAUCCGGAACACCACCACAGGCACUGUCAUAUGGUCGUCAGCCAACUUGCCGACGAAGUCAGUGAGGAAUCCGAUUGGUCAGCUUCUAGAUACAGGUAACUUUGUAAUUUACGAGGAAGGAGACAUCAAUAGAGAAAAUCCCAUAUGGCAAAGUUUCGACUUUCUACAGCACACUUUACUUCCUGGAAUGAAGCUGGGCUGGAAUUUGGUUAAGGGGACUGAAAGCCAUUUAACGUCAUGGAAAUCCGAGGAUGAUCCUGCUUUGGGUGACUUUUCGUAUUCGAUUGAUGCCAGAGGUUACCCUCAGGCCAUCAUAACGGAAGGCCAGGAACUAGUAUACCGGCAAGGUCCAUGGAAUGGACUCAGGUAUACGGGUAGUCCGAAUUUGAGACCAAAUUGGUUUUACAACUACACCUUUGUUCUUAAUAAGAGAGAAAUCUACUACCAGUAUUAUCUUGUAAAUGAUUCAGUUUUUACGAGGCUGGUGUUACAACCAACUGGUCGUUUAGAGCGCUUGUUAUUGAUUAAUACCAACCAAGAAUGGAGUGUUUAUUUGUCCCGACCAAAUGAUCGCUGUGAUCAAUACGGGUUGUGCGGUCCAUUUGGUAGCUGCAACAUUGACAAGUCACCAGUUUGUGAAUGUUUGAAGAGAUUUGAACCCACAUCUCCUGAUCAGUGGAGGACAACAGAUUGGUCACAAGGGUGUCGACAUACUAUCCCUUUGGAUUGUGACCCUGGGGAAGGAUUUAACAAAUAUUCGAAUUUGAAGUUACCAGACACUCGGGGGUCAUGGUAUGACCAGACCAUGACCCUUGAAGAAUGUAGAAACAUGUGCAAAAGCAAUUGUUCAUGUACUGCUUACACAAAUUCGAAUAUCUCAGGGACUGGGAGUGGUUGCUUGCUAUGGUUUGGUGGCCUAAUUGAUAUCAGAACAUUUGUUGGAAAUGGGGACACUCUUUAUAUACGAGUGUCAGCCUCAGAGUUAGAUACAGACUCAACAGAAAACGCUAGAAGCUCAAGUGAAGGGAGAAUAUCAGUACGAGUUAUAGUCCCGGUAGCAUUGGUAGUUUUGGUCAUGCUAGUUUCAAUAUGGUUAUAUUAUCGCUAUCAUAGGAAGAAACAACAGCCACAAGUGACACCAGAAAACGAGGUUGGACUACAAGAUCCUGAAAACAUAAGUGAUGAUAAUGAAGAUCUGGAGCUACCACUAUAUAGCUUGUCUACGAUACUUCAUGCAACAAACAACUUUUCAUUCAACAACAAACUUGGAGAGGGCGGCUUUGGGCCCGUUUACAAGGGUGUACUUGAAGACGGGCAGGAAAUAGCAGUGAAGCGACUAGCAAAAACGUCCACUCAAGGACUUCACGAGUUCAAGAAUGAAGUCAUCUCAAUAUCUAAACUUCAACAUCGGAAUCUUGUCAAACUUUUGGGCUGCUGCAUAGAAGGAGAUGAAAAGAUGCUUAUUUAUGAAUACAUGCCAAACAGAGGACUCGAUUCUUUUAUAUUCGAUACAACUCUCAAGGAACUUCUUGAUUGGCGAGCACGUUACCACAUUAUCAAUGGAAUUGCCCGUGGAUUACUUUAUCUUCACCAAGAUUCUCGUCUUAGAAUUAUACAUAGAGAUUUAAAAGCUAGUAAUAUUUUGCUAGACAAGGAUAUGAACCCAAAGAUAUCAGAUUUUGGCAUGGCUAGGGCAUUCGGAGGAGAUCAGAUAGAGGCAAACACAAACAGAGUGGUUGGAACAUAUGGCUACAUGGCACCAGAGUAUGCAGGAGAUGGUAUCUUUUCGAUAAAAUCAGAUGUAUAUAGCUUCGGCGUAUUAGUGUUGGAAAUUGUGUGUGGGAAGAAAAACCGAGGGUUCGUCCACAAAGAACAUUGCAACAAUCUUAUUGGACAUGCAUGGGGACUCCAUGCUGAAGGCAGAUCCUUGCAGUUAGUUGAUAAAUGUCUAGGUGAAUCAAUUAAUGUGUCUGAGGUUCUACGGUCAAUCCAUGUUGGUUUAUUGUGUGUUCAACGUCACCCAGAAGAUAGACCGACUAUGACUUCUGUGAUCCUGAUGUUGGGGAGUGAGGGUCCAUUGUCAUCACCCAAAGAACCGGGAUUUUAUGUUGGAAAAUCUACGCAUGAUACUACUCAAUCUUCAAGUUCAAAUGGAGGAAGUUCUAACAAUGAACUAAGCAUUACAAUGUUGGAUGGUAGAUAAAAUGAAAUUUGCAUUUAUUAAAUGAAACAAUGUCUAGCUAUAAGCUUAUCAAGCAUUUCAAAUUCGUCAACAUAACUUAUGUAAGUGGUAAAGAAUGUGAACAUUUGUUUAUCUUAUGUAUCAUAAAUAAUUUAUCGGUAUCCCAUUUGUUUUGCCUUUGUUUA